UGUUCUGAGUUUCUAAAGAAGAAAUCCUGUGGCAGUUUGUGGAAGAGCAAAGGAAGCAGGGGAAGUGCACAGGCACUCGACUGCUCAAGACCCUCUCCGGAAACCCCCAGAGCCCCGAGCCCCGAGCCCCUCCCCGACCGCCUCUCCCCGACUCCGCUUUCCGAGGUCAAAAUCCUUUGCCGCCCCCGACCACCGCACCGCAGCGGGACGAUGGUGACCGACGCCACGGCGAUGGCGGUCGUGCGGGCGGCGCGCCCGGCCCUCCGCGGCGCCCACGACGGCGUCACCUUCGCCGCCCACGCCGCCUUCCUCGCCGCCGGGUACUCGCUCUGCGCCGUCGGCCCCGCCGCGAUCACUGAUCCCCCGCCCUCAGGUGAGGAGGAGGUGGGGAUCGAUGGUUGGAACAACAUGGAGAACUGCUACGCCUUUUUGUAUAGCAAGGAGGAGAAGGGCAAGAAGAAACGGGUAUUAGUGAAAUGUCUGGUGAUCGGUGACUUACUUGCGAUUGAUGUCCUGGAUCUCAAGGCACAAGAUAAGGGCCCAUACAAUAUCCAGAUCAAUGUGAAAGAUUUCUUCUCCGAAGAGCAUCCCAAGAAUUACGGGGAUAUGUACAAGAAUUUUGCAGGCCUCAUUGAGACUAUGAACUCAAAUGUGUUGUCCAAAUUGGAUGGGAAGGAUGCUGGUGCCAUGGCUGCCAAGAACUCUGAUGUUGAGAGCAGUUCAUCAAUACACAGCUCCGAAAAUCCAGGUCCAAGAACUACUGAAUCUUCAGGGUAUCCAGGUCCAAGAACUAUUGAACCUUCAGGCCUAGUUUAUCCUCCAAUAGCCCCGCUUGGUUCUGAUGAUCUCUACCCUGCUCCUGGUGCAGGAUUCUACCCUCACAGCGGUAUUGGGAGCGGUGGCAGCAUGCAUGUUGGUCCAAAUGAUCCACGCUUGUUUCCUUCUAAUCCAUUUCCUGCCUCAUUGGGUGGCCCUGGGAGUGUUCCACCUGGUGGUCGCUAUGAUCCCAUCGGCCCGCCUGACAUUCCAGGGUUUGAACCAUCUCGCUUUGUUAGGCGUUCAAGGCAUCCGGGCGGGAGCACUCACCCAGACCUCGAGUUCUUCCAGCAAGGGCCGGACUUAUAAGACCCAAGAGGCCGACCUCCUCUACCCUCACAAAAUAACAUGGCUUUCUUUGCCCUCCCGGGCUAGAGCGCUUUGUGUGAUUUCAAUUGCUAUGUCGCAGAUAGUUCUACCGGACUCUGCCUGUAAAGUUGGAUGUGAACUUUCUGUAUUUACCCUUAGUUCAAAACCGUCCUUUGUCGCAGUUUUAAUGUAUGAUUGUAAAUAUAUCUAGCUAUUUCCCCUACUAAUGGUUACGAAAAUUGAUAGCGAGAUUUAUUGA